CUUCAUCAUCAGUUUACUUCCCAGAGUCUCACUGAUCCCUUCAACUCUCGUACUAAAACUACUAUAAUUUAUCAGAGAUCAAGAAAUGGUGGCAUCUUCAGAGCACGAACACCCCAAGAAGGCCCUUGGAUGGGCUGCCAGAGACACAUCUGGUGUCCUCUCUCCUUUCAAGUUCUCAAGAAGGGAAACCGGAGAGAAAGACGUGACGUUCAAAGUUUUGUUCUGCGGUAUAUGCCAUUCCGACCUUCACAUGGUUAAGAACGAAUGGGGCGUCUCUACCUAUCCUCUUGUUCCCGGACAUGAGAUUGUGGGUAAAGUGACAGAACUGGGGAGCAAAGUCCAAAAGUUUAAAGUUGGAGACAAAGUUGGUGUUGGGUGCUUGGUAGGCUCAUGCAAAUCUUGCGACAGCUGUGCUAAUGAUUUGGAAAAUUACUGCCCUAAAUCAGUACAGACUUACGGCGCCAACUACCUUGACGGAACCACCACAUACGGCGGUUACUCUGACAUCAUGGUAGCGAAUGAGGACUUUGUAAUCCGUAUUCCAGACAACCUGCCUCUUGAUGGUGCUGCUCCUCUCCUCUGUGCCGGAAUUACAACAUAUAGUCCCAUGAGAUAUUUCGGACUUGACAAACCCGGCAUGCAUGUGGGGGUGGUUGGCCUUGGCGGUUUAGGUCACGUGGCGGUGAAGUUUGCCAAGGCUUUGGGGGUUAAGGUUACAGUGAUCAGUACCUCCCCUAAUAAGAAAGAUGAAGCUAUUAAACAUCUCGGUGCUGAUUCUUUCUUGGUCAGUCGUGACCAAGAUCAGAUGCAGGCUACCAUGGGAACAUUGGAUGGUAUCAUCGACACAGUUUCUGCAGCCCACCCUCUCCCACCUCUGAUUAGUUUAUUGAAGGUUAAUGGAAAGCUUGUGAUGGUUGGAGCGCCAGAGAAGCCUCUUGAGCUCCCAGUUUUUUCCUUGCUAAUGGGAAGGAAGAUUUUAGCCGGUAGUAAUAUCGGAGGUAUCAAGGAGACACAAGAGAUGAUAGAUUUGGCAGCCAAACACAACAUAACGGCCGACAUCGAAGUUAUCCCCAUCGAUUAUUUGAACACUGCCAUGGAGCGUCUUGCCAAAGGAGAUGUUAGAUACCGGUUUGUCAUCGAUAUCGGAAACACAUUAAAGUCGGCCACUUAAAUUUGCAUUUCCAAAACUUCAAGGACAAGAGGCAUGACAAUCGAAACAUGUACUUGUUUUUGCAUGUAGUCUUUAGUUUUGUCUCUUUAUGUACUCCAUCUGUUUUGUUUAAUUAGGUUCCAUCUCAUUAUGAGAAAAAUGUGGUACCGUCGAUAUUGAAUAAAUGAAAGAACUGGAACGAUGGUUUCACAUGACAAUA